AUGCAGACUGCACAUAGUUUAUGUUCGAAAUCUUUCGAGUCCCCCUUUUCAAAUCCUAGCCACGUAAGCUUGUGCACCAGUGCGGGAUACAAAAUGGACUAUUCCAGCAUUGACUGUACGGAAAGAACUCAGCUUCUCUCUGACAUAUCUGAAAAUGAGAAAAGCGAAAUCGUUGAACGUUAUGGAGCCGAUUGCAUUCGACGUUGUUGCCCCAGACUGAUAUCAGACGAUGCAGAUAACGAGAAAUCUUUGAACAAAAUAGGUUUAAGUAUUAUGGAUUGGCUUUUGCCGGUUUGGAUUAUUGUUGCGAUUGCUCUGGGUCUGAUAUUAGGUAAUUUUGUGCCUAAUACGCACGCUGUUCUUACGAAUGUCAAAUUCGUCAACGUAUCUAUUCCCAUCGCGAUUGGUCUGUUGGUGAUGAUGUACCCUAUACUUUGCCGCAUCCGCUACGAGGAGCUUCACCAUAUAGUAAGACAGAAAUCGUUUUUGGUCAAUAUGUUGCAGAGCGUCGUGAUCAACUGGGUCAUUGCCCCUUUGUUGAUGCUCGGACUGGCUUGGGCAUUCUUACCUGAUAGACGCGAGCUAAGAGAUGGGUUGAUUAUUGUUGGGCUAGGCAGAUGUAUUGCAAUGGUUAAUGUCUGGGUCCAGCUGUCCUCGGGAGAUGCUGAUCUUUGUGCCAUCAUUGUUGCUGUGAAUUCCAUCUUGCAAAUCGUGCUGAUAUCUCCGAUGUCCCUGUUGUUUGUAAAUGUGAUUAGUCAUUCAGACACCGCUCACAAAAUAAGCUACGAUCUUGGUGCUAAGAGUGUGGGUGUAUUUCUUGGCAUUCCCUUUGGAGCAGCCUUGCUGACGAGGCUUGCCAUUCGACCAAUUUGGCCCUCCUUCUACGACAAAAAGCUGAUGCCCACAAUUGCGCCUUUGACUCUCAUUGGUUUGCUGUUCACAAUAAUCAUUUUAUUUGCCUCUCAAGGCCAGGAAGUUGCCCAAAACAUCGUAUCUGUGGUGAGAGUUGCAGCUCCCUUGGUGGUGUAUUUCUUGGUGAUCUUCCUUGCGACCUUCUUUGCCUUUAUGAAGCUUGGUCACGAUUAUCCCAGAACGUGUACUCAAUCUUUUACUGCUGCAAGUAACAACUUUGAACUUGCAAUCGCUGUAUGUGCAAGUGUCUAUGGAAUCGAUAGUCAACAGGCCCUUGCUGCCACAGUGGGCCCUUUGGUCGAAGUACCAGUGCUUGUGAUAUUUGUGUACUUUGCAAGGUUCAUUCGGCCUCGACUUUCUUGGAAGAGACUUGCUUAA